AAGUUACUGUGCAGGUUUACCAUAACAUAGCAUGAGCACAUGCUACUGCAAGUUUUCUCUGUCAGUAUUGCUUGAAUUUCACUAAACGGUCUCCUAAAAUGCCACCUAAGGGAAAAGGUGGCAAGGGUGGUGGUAAAGGAGCAGCUUCAGGAGGUGCAGACGCUGACAAGAAAGAGAAAGCACCAAAGGGAGGCACUGCUGUAAAGGUUCGACACAUCCUCUGUGAAAAACAUGGAAAAUGCAUGGAGGCAAUGGAGAAACUGAAGGCUGGAGUUCGUUUCAGUGAAGUAGCGUCACAAUACAGUGAGGACAAAGCAAGACAAGGAGGUGAUCUGGGAUGGAUGACACGAGGAUCCAUGGUUGGACCUUUCCAAGAUGCGGCAUUUGCCCUCCCUGUCAGCUCCAUGGAUAAACCAGUGUACACAGACCCUCCUGUCAAGACCAAGUUCGGGUACCACAUCAUUAUGGUAGAAGGGAAAAAGUGACUUUGAACAGCUCAACACUUGAAAUUAGGACAUACUAAUUCUACAAUGCGAUAUUGAGAAAGUGAUUAUUUCCAGAUUUACAGCUUCAAUAUGAUGUUUGCUUUUUAUUUCACAGAAUGUUCGAGAAUAAGAGAAUUAAAUGAUCCUUGUGUUUCAGCUUUAUCUUUGUCAAAUGUACAUUUUCUUACUGACAAUUCAACCUGAGGGAAUAUCCUGAUAGACUUAACUUUUACAUUUACACAAUUCAUUGAUUUUUCUUUUCUUUUCUUGAGGCAAUUAAACCACAAAUGGCCAAAUAAAUGCAUUUUCACUCAAGUAGUACAAAAUAA